AUGGAGUCAGAUGAUGAUUUUAUGAGUGUUGCGUCCAGUCCCGAUGAUUUUCUAGGGACUCAGGGUAGUGACGAUGAGAGUCUAGGAGAGGAUUUCGGCGACGAUUUUGACGGCGGCUUUUCUAAAGACAAAGACAUCGUUGCAACGACGCGAAAACCCUACGAAGUAGACUUCAAGGUUCUCAGUCCGGAAGAGAUCGAGAGGGAACAAAAUCUGCAGAUCAAUGAAGUUUCAUCGAUUUUGGGACUGCCUCCAGAGUGGUCUGCUAUUCUUUUGCGAUUCGGUCGGUGGAACCGAGAGAAGCUGAUAGAGUCUUACAUGGAUCACCCGGAAAAGACACUAGAUGAAGCCGGUUUGGGAACAAACUUUGAAUCAGUGCCCAAGGCUGAGGUGGUGUCGGGCUUCAUGUGCGAUAUUUGCUGCGAAGAUAGUGAUGACCUUAAGACAUAUGCCAUGCGUUGUGGACAUCGGUUUUGCGUUGACUGUUAUCGACAUUAUUUAGCACAAAAGAUUCGGGAGGAAGGAGAGGCUGCGAGGAUAGAGUGUCCUGGGGAUGGUUGCCAUAUGAUUGUCGAUUCUAAGUCUUUGAGCUUGCUGGUCACGGAGGAGCUGAAAGAGAGAUACCAAACACUCCUCAUAAGAACCUACGUCGAUGACAAGGAAAACCUCAAGUGGUGCCCCGCCCCGAACUGCGAGUAUGCAAUUGAUUGUCAUGUGAAACAACGUGAUCUACACCGAAUCGUACCCACGGUCCAGUGCAACUGCAAACAUUACUUCUGCUUUGGGUGUACCCUCAACGAUCACCAACCUUCGCCGUGUACACUGGUCAAGAUGUGGCUCAAAAAAUGCGAGGAUGAUUCCGAGACGGCCAACUGGAUCUCUGCUAAUACUAAAGAGUGUCCUAAGUGCAACUCCACAAUCGAGAAGAAUGGCGGUUGCAAUCACAUGACGUGUCGCAAGUGCAAGCACGAGUUCUGCUGGAUGUGCAUGGGGCUGUGGUCCGAACACGGCACCAGUUGGUACAACUGCAAUCGGUAUGAGGAAAAGUCAGGGUCGGAUGCACGCACUGCACAGGCACGUUCCCGAGCCUCGCUGGAGCGUUAUCUACAUUAUUAUAACCGAUAUGCCAACCACGAGCAGUCAGCCAAGCUUGACAAGGACUUGUAUCUAAAGACGGAGAAGAAGAUGACGAGCUUGCAAUCCCAGUCGGGCCUUUCCUGGAUUGAAGUGCAGUUCCUGGACACUGCGUCCCAGGCCCUGCAACAGUGCCGACAGACCCUCAAAUGGACCUAUGCCUUUGCCUAUUACCUUGCGCGGAACAAUCUGACGGAAAUCUUCGAAGACAACCAGAAGGAUUUGGAACUGGCGGUGGAGAGUCUCAGUGAGAUGUUUGAGAAACCCGUGCCAGAACUGGCGAACCUGAAGGUAGAUAUCCUGGACAAGACGGCGUACUGUAACAAGCGCCGGGUGAUUUUGUUGAGCGACACGGCGGAGAAUCUGAAAAAUGGAGAAUGGUCGUUCAAUGUGGAAUGGUAA